GUAUUCCAGUGUUUUCUGCGCCCAUGUUGGAUUGUCGUCUGGCUCCAAAACCUGAGAGGAAUUCUGCAAUUAUUUUGGUGGAAUUCAAGUUGAAAUGGCACUGUUACAGACAUUACAGGAAGUUUCAGACAAAGAUUGUGAUCACACUGGGAGCAUUCAUGUUUACUCCAACACACACGAUACCCAAACUCUAGAGCUUCAUGUUGAUAGAGACCAGGUGGUUAGUGCCGUAGGUCUCAUGCCUUCAACGUCAGGCAAUCAGAUGGAGAUUGGAGUACAGGAAUCAGAUGUCAGACACGUUGGGUUACCUGUUCACUCUGAAGCAGAUGAUGGCAGCAAUAUUGAUCAAUCCUGCAUUGUAGUUGUGCCUGUUGAAAGUGUAGAAGAUAGCCAUGGACAUUGUUUAGAUAAGGGUUUUCAGCUGAGUGCACCUACUGAUGUCCCAGUAUCAGGGAGCUCCAAUGCUAUGGCGAUGACUGGUGUAGAACAACGGAAAGAGCCAGAAACACCUUAUGAUCCUGUGACUCAAUCAUGGUUUACCACAAAAUAUUCAAAAGACUCACUGUCAGAACGAGGUCAUAAAUGGAAGCAAGGAAUGUGGUCAAAUGAUGAAAUCGAGCUCCUUGAAAGGAACAUUGAGGAGUAUGUCAGAGACCAUAAUCUAAAGGAUGCCACUGAGGUCAUUUUUAAUAAUAGCAAGGACAACAGGAAGAAUUUUUAUCGCAGCAUAGCCCAAGGGUUGCAGCGACCCCUCUUUGCUGUUUACCGACGGGUCAUUCGGAUGUAUGAUCAGAAAAAUCAUGUUGGAAGGUACACUCCAGAAGAUAUUGUAAAACUAAAAGAGCUAAGAGCCAAGUAUGGGAAUGACUGGGCUUCCAUUGGAGCUGAGAUGGGUCGAAGUGCUUCUUCAGUUAAAGAUAAAUUCAGACUUCUCAAAGAUUCUUGCAAUAGAGGUAAAUGGACUGCUAGCGAAGAGAAACUGUUGUCUAGUGCUGUAUUUGCCCUGUCUGGAGCUGAACCUGGUGAGAGUGUGACAACUGGUAUCUCUUGGUCCCAGGUAGCGGAUAAAGUCGGUACUAGAACAGAGAAACAGUGCAGGGCUAAGUGGCUUAACUACCUCAACUGGAAACAAAAAGGAGGAUCAAAAUGGACACUAAUGGAUGAGCUUACAUUGAUCAAUAGGGUUGACGAAACAGGAGUUGAAGUAGACACUGAUAUAGAUUGGGAGAAUAUUGCUAAGAACUGGGAGAGUGUGAGGUCACCUCAAUGGCUUCGUUCAAAAUGGUGGAAUCUGAAGAGACAGGUUAUUGAUACAGAUUUUAAAACAUUAAUCCAGCACCUGAGAUUAUUCAACGAUAGACGCAGAUUCCAAGAAGAGAAACGUAAGGGGGUUAUUCCUCCUCUAAAACCUGAAAAGAAUCAAACCAAGAAUGGAACCCUAAUUGUACAAGUCCCUAUUCAGCUUGGAUCAUCUUCAGGUGAUGGAAUGGAUGAUGGCUCAGGACUUCAACCAUUAAUACUACGUCAAUCAGCCCUGGCCCAUAUACCAGGUACAAGUUCUCUCUUUAUGAGUGAGGGUAUGACUACCGUACACUCUGAUAAUCACAUCAUCAUACAAGUCACUGGUGUACAGGGGCAUGAAGGAGAGGUUGUAGGAACAGAUGGAAACAAAAGGCAGAUCAUUAUCACAGCACGACAGCCUCAGCAAACAGUGCCCUCUCUAGGUCAAGAUAUGUCAACUGACAUGCACCAAACAAGUACAGAACUGUCAUCGGGUGAUGCAUCAGCUAUCGUAAACUCAGGUGAUGAUUUACAUUCCAGUAAUGAUCACAUGACUACAAGCAUUGGCCAAUCACAAGUGACUGUUGGAGAGGAACAUCAAAUCAGCAAUGAGGCUCAGUUGAUAGGUACUGAUGCAGUAUUACCACAACAGGAUACAGCUAGAGGAACUGAUGUAAGACUUGAGGAAGUUAUCCCAUUCCCGACAAACCAUGAAGCCAAAUGUUGUGAGUGUAUGGGAGGCACAGAGCAGAAGGAAGUCAUUACUGGAAUUACACGCUCCCAGCUCACUCUCACUAGCCAAAGAUGGACCAUUUCCAUUUGUUUUGAGUCUCUCCAUGCAGACUCUUCUUCAGAGUUUAUUUCUCCAUGCCCGGGAGAUUACCUCUCUAAUGUUGUGAUGUGAAUGAUGUAGGCCUAAACAGUCGGAGACAAUACUUGUGCCUCUCGAUCAAAGGGUCCUGGAACAAAAUAGAGAGUAAAAGGGGAUGA